UAAUGUCUUUCCAUAUCUAACUCUCUCACACAAUCUGCGCCUUCUCUCUCUAAAUUCUCUUUCUCUCUCUGAAUUCUCAUACUCUAUCUUGCAUCCAAGAUGAAUGAUCUUAUGACAAAGUCAUGGAAGAGCUAUGUGGAUCUAAAGAAAGAGGCCUUGAAAGAUCUCGAAGCAGGCCCUGAUGUCGAGAUGUCGAAGACUACCCAGAUGGAUGAAGGGCUCACUUCAUUUUUAGCUGAAGCGGAGAUUGUCAAAUCAGAGAUGAAUUCAAUCAAAGACAUCUUGGUUCAGCUCCAACAGGCCAGUGAAGACAGCAAGUCCCUUCACAAACCCGAGGCCUUAAAGUCGAUACGAAGCAAGAUUAAUUCUAAUGUUGUGUUGGUGCUUAAAAUGGCUAGGUCAAUUAAGGGUCAGCUGGAAGAGAUGGACAGGUCUAAUGCUGUGAAUAGGAGGCUUUCGGGGUGUAAGGAUGGGAGUCCGGUGGAUAGGACUAGGUCCGCGGUGACGAAUGGGCUGAGGAAGAAGUUGAAGGAGCUGAUGAUGGAUUUUCAGGGGUUGAGGCAGAGGAUGAUGAGUGAGUACAAGGAUACUGUGGGAAGACAGUAUUACACUGUGACGGGUGAGUACCCGAAUGAGGAUGUGAUUGAGAAGAUUAUUUCUGAUGGAAAUGGCGGGGAGCAGUUCAUGGCUAAGGCAAUUCAGGAACAUGGAAGGGGAAAAGUGCUGGAGACGGUGGUUGAGAUACAGGACAGGCAUGAUGCAGCGAAAGAGAUAGAGAAGAGUUUGUUGGAGUUGCACCAGGUGUUCUUGGAUAUGGCAGUGAUGGUGGAGGCACAAGGAGAACAAAUGGAUGACAUUGAGCACCAUGUGAUGAAUGCAGCGCAGUAUGUUACUGAUGGAUCCAAGAACCUUAAGACUGCAAAGGGGUACCAGAAGAGCAGCAGGAGGUGCAUGUGCAUUGGAAUUAUAUUGCUGUUGAUUCUCAUUCUAGUCAUUGUGCUCCCAAUUGCAACCAGCUUUAGUAAAUCCUAAGAGAAAGGAGAUUAAGUUUCGGAGUUGCUUGGAAAUUAGUUGGUAUGAACUCCACUCUCGUGAGAUGUUCUAGCUAUAAGUGGUGUCUUUUGAUAAGCGUUGUAUUCCUUGGAUGUAUUUUCCUUGAAAAUUCAUUGAAUUUGUUGAUUGAUAUUUGAUAUAUAUAUUUUACCGAAAACAUUAUAAGA